AUGACCCCGCGCCGCUCCUCUCUCGGCGUUCUGCUCCAGCACGCCUCUGCCGCCCGGCGAACGCAGCCCGCGCAAACACCACGUCUCGCGCCCCGUGCUGCGAGUGCGCGUUUCUAUGCGCGUCCUGCGCAGACACCGAGGGUGGGAACGACCACCCCGGUCCCAGAAGGUGCUGCCCCGCCCGUCUCGAAGCCGCCCUUCUACUUUGAAGCUGGAUAUGCGCUGUACCACAAGCGUCCGUCGCGUCCGUUCCCGCCGCCGUUCCUGUCGCUGCCAUCGACGAGCUUUUCCGAGCCUCUAAGUACGCACCACAAGAGCAGGGACAGACGGCCCAAGGUCAAUGGUGAAAUGAUCCGGGGCGUCACAAACGGGGACGAUGCCGUGCUAGUCAGCGACUAUUUUAUCGGGGCAAACGAUGGUGUGGGGGCUUGGGCGACCAAGGAGAAGGGACAUGCAGCACUCUGGUCGAGACUGAUCCUCCAUUUCUGGGCCCUGGAAGCCGAACACGCAAAGUAUGACCCCCAGCACGAGCCAGACCCCGUUUCGUAUCUCGAGAAGGCAUUCGAGCAGACGCAGCAAGCAACGUCCGAGCCGAACGCCUGGUACGGCACCACAACCGCAUGCGCUGCGCUUCUCAGUUCCGAUGCUCACAAUCCGGCGCGCCCCGUCCUGUACAUCACACAGCUGGGCGACUCGCAGAUCCUGGUCAUACGCCCGAAAAAUAGGGAAGUCGUCUUCAAGACCACCGAGCAAUGGCACUGGUUUGAUUGCCCGCGCCAGCUGGGGACAAACAGCCCGGAUACGCCCACGCAGAACGCUGUGAUGGAUCGCAUCGAGAUUGAGGAAGACGACAUUGUUCUCGCCAUGACGGAUGGUGUGGUUGAUAAUCUGUGGGAGCAUGAGGUUGUGGAGAACGUGGUGGACAGCAUGUACAGGUGGCUAGACGAGAAGAGUUUAUCGCAUCCAGACAAGGAGCCUGCCGAACAGAGCUAUGCGGACGGGAUGCGAUAUGUUGCACAAGAGCUGGUCAAUGCUGCACGGACGAUAGCUGAAGACCCUUUCGCGGAGAGCCCGUACAUGGAGAAGGCGAUUGACGAGGGGUUGUCCAUCGGAGGGGGCAAACUCGAUGAUAUCAGUGUCGUUGCUGCCCUAUGCAAGCGACGCAAAGGUUGA